AUGGCGUGGUCAUCUUGGAGUGGCGUCUGCAAAGAGAAUUGCAGUGGCGUCUUACAGAAACGGGAAAGAGUCGAAUUCAACUGCUCAAGGACUCAGCAAUCGCGGCUUUUUCAAAGCUCUCCCCGGAUCAUUGCGCCUCCAAUAGACCAAUCUGUUACCGAAGGAUACCCUGUAAACUUAAGUUGCGUAGCCACAGGUUUUCCAACACCAACAUUUGCCUGGACUUUUAACAAUGCUGACCUGCCAUCUGGUAUCCAUCAAACUGAUCAAGAAGGAGAUUCAUUCCUGGAAUUGCCAAAUGUUACAAAAGAGAUGAAUGGAACUUACAAGUGUACAGCAAAAAACAAAAAAAAUACAACAAGUUCCUCUGCAACACUGCUUGUUUAUGGAAAAGCCUCUGCUCAAGUUGUUCCAAAGACACAUCUAACACUCACAAUAGGAGAAGUCCUCACAUUGACCUGCAAAGUCAACAAGAAAACCGUAAACAUAAUAUGGAAAAAAGAUGGAGAAUCAUUUGAGGAACGAGCAGUUAUAGAUACCCGAUUAGAUGAGACAAAGAGUAUACUUGUUAUUACUAAGGUUGUGGAAGAGGACAGUGGUGAAUAUUCUUGUGAAGCAAGUAACAUGCUAGGAACUGUGGCUCGUUCCUCUGUUACAUUGGACGUAGAAGGUAAACCAGUGUGA